AUGAGUAACUUGUAUGAUCAGCCCACCAUUCAAGUAAGCUUAACACCUUACACUUUCGGCAGUAUUCAACUUGGAGGAGCUUCAGAAAGGUCAAGAUUUGAUAAACUUGUUGCAAAUAUUCCAUUAUGGAACCAAAUAUUUGUAAUUUCAUGUGUGAUUGCAGUCUCAUUGGACCCUUUGUUCUUCUACAUUCCAUUCAUCGAUGAAGAUCUCAAGUGCCUUGGAAUGGACAAAAAUUUGAAGGUUGUGGCACUUGUUUUGCGGUCCCUCUUGGAUAUCACUUUCAUAGUGCAUAUUAUAUGUCAAAUUCGACAAGCCUUCAAAACUGUGAACUCCAAGCUACAAACAACCCGAAACUCCGGUUGGGAAUCGAAAGCUAAGGCAGUUGCUCGGAAUCUUUCAUGGCGCUCUGUUGUUACUGACGUUCUUGCUCUUCUUCCCAUCCCACAAGUUCUUUUAGUGAAUGUUUUUUUCAAAAUGAGAGGCUCUGGAUAUUUGGAUAAUAGAAAGAUUCUAAGUUUCCUUCUCCUUGCGCAAUAUCUUCCAAGAAUUUAUCGAAUUCACCUCUCUUCUAAGAAACUUACACAAACCGGACUAUGGGCCAAAGGUGCAUUCAACUUUUUUCUAUACAUACUCGCUAGUCAUGUGCUCGGAGCUUAUUGGUAUUUUUUUUCUAUUCAACGGGAGACAUCAUGCUGGCAUCGGGCAUGUGUGAAGCGUAGCAUAUCAUGCAUGGAUACUUUUUACUGUGACGACCCCCCCACAACCCCCAGAAAUACCGAGUUUCUAAAAGAGUUGUGUCCUAUAAAUUUUCCACCAAAUGCUACACCGCCAUUUGAUUUUGGAAUGUUUCUUGAUUCACUUCAAUCUGGAAACACGGCGACAUUGAAUUUUCCAAUGAAGUUCUUUUACUCGUUUUGGUGGGGACUACGAAAUUUAAGUAACUUUGGUACAAAUCUCACAACGAGUACGUAUGUGUGGGAAAACUUGUUUGCAAUUCUUAUUUCAAUCAUUGGCUUGCUGCUAUUUUUAUAUCUCAUAGGAAAUGUGCAGACAUUUAUGCAGUUGGCCACUACAAAAUCGGAGGAGACAAGACAGAAGAUUAUUAAGAAAGAGCAAGCGAUAGAAGAGUGGAUGGUCAAAAAUGAUCUCCCUGAAGAUAUGAAGAAUGAAAUCAAGAACAACAUAAGACAACAAUUGGAAGAAAACAUAGAUGCUGCUGAUCUGGAGAACCUGUUGUCUAUUCUUCCUUGGAAUAUCAGGAAAUCUCUUAAGCGUUUUCUCUGCAUGAGUACGCUAAGGAAAGUACCAAUGCUUAAAGGCAUGGAUGAAAAGGUGUUGAAAAUGAUUUGCGACUAUCUGAAGCCGGUUAUGUACGCCGAGAACAGUGUAGUUGUUCGAAUGGGACAACCACUUGAUCGGAUGCUCUUCAUUACAGAAGGUUCCAUAUGGACGUACAUGCCGGGUGGAAUGCCGACCAACUCGGUUAAGACAAAAGGUGAGUUUUAUGGAGAAGAACUUCUCAAGUGGGCAUCAUCUUCGUCACCAAAACUUCCCAUCUCCACCCAAAAUGUGCAAUGCCAUACCAAGGUGGAAGGCUUUGUACUCAUGUCUAAGGACUUGACUAGUGUCGUCUCCAAAUGCCAACUCUGGUGGAAUACAAAUGAUUCUCAUCAGGGACAGGGACAGGGACAGGGACAACCCGCUACAGCAGCGGGUGGUGCUGAGAACUCCACUCCAAGAAUCAGGUAUAUCAUGCAUCCUCACUAG